CAGGCAGCUGCUGAUCAGUGCACACAUUUAUUGGGGUCAGAUGAGGCUGUUUUGGAAGGACAACUCCGUGAAAGUGAUACACUGAACCCGAGACUCGUUUAAGGUAAAGUCAUGGCAGGCAACAGAGGUCGCGGAAGGAGCCAGUUUACCUUCAAUGUGGACACACUCGGAUUCGGGAGGGGUGAUUCUUUACCCACAUCUGCACAUACACCUUCUCCUCUUUUUCCUCCUAUGCAGUUUAGGCCAGUGCCUCUGCAUACAGGAGAAGAGGUGGACUACAUGCUCGCUCUUAAGCAGGAGCUGAGAGCCUCCAGCAAGAACCUGCCGUUCCACAUAAAAGCAGCCAGAACAAAGACAGAUGUGGCGCGUUACUCUGAUAAAUAUCAAAAUGGAGAGCCGAAGUACAACUGCAUUGAAUGGAGUCCAG